CAUCGGUUCGCGUCCGUCGCGUCGCGACUCGCGACUACACGCGCAGACGCCAGCCGUGCGUCGGUCAAGCCGGUUUGUUUGCGCUCGGUGGCUAUUUUUUCCCGUCAACAUUUAUGUACACGUUGUCAGUCAUUCGGUAGGACAACCAGAAGAAGAGUUCAAACAGAGAGAUUGCAAAUUUCACUAAUCCGGAGUGCAUUGUCUAGUUUUGCGCAUUGUCAGCCGGAGAAGAAUGGUGUGCAAUCGCAAUAUAUUUGCUCUGUUGGUUUGCUUAACAGCGGCGUUGGUCGCCUGGUUCUUUGUGAUCAACGAGAAGCGGGAUGUGGAACGGGCUCGUCCAGUGGGAGCUGUUGCUUCCAACGCCUACGAAUGCGCCUCAGUGGGAGCGGAUAUUCUACGCCAGGGAGGGUCCGUGGCGGAUGUGGCCGUGGCCAUGAUGAUCUGCGAAGAAGUAGCUUGUCCGGAGAGUGCUGGGAUUGGAGGUGGAUUUCUACUGACGUACUACCACCGGGACUCGGGUAAGGUUGAGGUCUUCGAUGCUCGGGAGAUUGCAGCUCAGGCGGCCUCGCAGGACAUGUUCGUUGAUCACAAGAAUGGAACGGCGCACGGUGGCUUGGCCAUAGCCACGCCUGGAGCCUUGAAAGGUUAUUGGGUGUUACAUCAACGUUACGGCAAGUUGCCUUGGAGGCGGUUGGUGGAACCUUCGAUUGAGCUUUGCUUCAGUGGGCAUACGGUAGAUCCGUACAUGGCACAGGCCUUGCAGGAAAGGCGAGAGAAGGUUUUGAACACUCCAUCUCUGCGAGAGAUAUUCGUCAAUCCGGAGACGGAGGAUGUCUGGCAGCUCGGCGAUCGUUUUAGGAGACCCUUGUUUGCUGAAACCCUCAAGAUUGUGGCAGACGAAGGCGCUGAUGCGCUGUAUUCACCAUCAGGCACUCUUUUACCACAAGUUUUGUCAGAUCUAAAGGAUUUCGGAAGUAUUAUAACGGAGAAAGACUUCUAUGACUACGAACCUCGAUGGCUAUCUCCAGUGUCCACAAAACUGCGUGACGGGAAAACGGUUUACAGUGCCGCUCUUCCAGGAGGUGGAACCAUACUGGUUCAUAUGCUGAACGUUCUAGAUGGUUUCAAUAAUCUCAGUCCGAAUGAUCCAACCACUUGGCAACGCGUAGUGGAGACUUUCAAGCAUGCUUACGGUGUCCGUACCAGACUGGGAGAUCCCCCAUUUGUAACCGGAAUUGAGGACCUUAUUCGAAACCUGACCAGCCAAGACUAUGCCGACUACAUAAGGGACAAAAUCAGAGAUGAUAAAACUUACUAUGACUAUGACUUCUACGGGGCAGAUUUCACAACACCGGAUGAUCGAGGAACGGCCCACGUAUCGAUUCUAGGUCCAAACGGAGAUGCCAUAGGUGUCACCAGUACCGUUAACGAUUUCUUCGGAGCCCACCUGCGGUCCCCCCGAACCGGAAUCAUCUUUAACGGCGAAAUGGACGACUUUUCAACACCCGGCGUCAUAAACAUGUUUGGCGUGCCGGCAUCUCCGGCGAACUACAUUGCACCCGGGAAGCGGCCGCUUUCUUCCAUGUCGCCGACGAUCGUGAUCGAUCCCAGCGGGGACGUGCGUCUGAUAGCGGGUGGUGCCGGUGGUACCAGAAUCACAACCGCAACCCUUCAGGUGUUGUUGAGGAAGAUUCUUUUCGGGCAGAGUUUGCAGGAGGCAAUGGAUGGUCCCAGGGUGCACCAUCAGCUGGCGCCGAUGGAGGUAGAGUACGAGGGAGCGGUGGAUCCUCGGAUCAUCGACGGGCUGAUAGCGAGAGGGCACAAGCUGAGGAAGGUGAAACGGGUUGCCACGAUGACUGCUGUGGCGAGGGAAGAUGAUGGGCGGGUAGCGGCAGCUUUUGAUCCCAGGAGGCCGGGAAGUGUUGAGAUUGUUGAGUUUUAAAUGAAUAAACGAGGUAUUUGGAAACGUA